UUGAAAUUAUCUAUCACAGAUCGCGCCAUCAGACACGCUUAUUUUAUGAAUAAUUUAACUGUAGAUGGUAGAUCUGGAGCAAAUGGUUUGGAGUAUGUAAUUGAGACAAUGAAUGAUGGCACUAAUGACUUAGUAUACAAGGAUUUCUGUAGAUAUAAUUUUUUGCUUGCUGUACCAGGUAAUAGUUUUUGUCACAAGACACUCUCAUCGUGUUGAAUAUACAGUGGAGAUUGUUUCUUCCGAGUUGAUAAUACACGUUUUUUUUACCUGGAAAUUCGUCUUCCUGUUUAUAAUAGAAUAGAAAAUUAAAUGCAAUAUCAUUAAAUAAUGUGUUGUUAAUUACAGACGAAAAAGAAAUUAUCUCGAGAACACGGGGUAAUUAUUUUCAUUGCACACAAUUUGCUUGAUUCUAUAUGAACACAAGACUUUUGUUUUAAUUUCAGCACCUCCAGCACUUCGUGACGAAACACAAAAAGCCAAUUAUUUUUUUCGAAGAAUGAUACAAUACAUCGAUGAUUUAUUGGGUUUGGCAAUAUUGACAGCAAUUACAGACACGAGAAGAAACUAUGUUGCUACAUCUUCAAAAAAUAAAAUCAAACAUCGUACAAUAGGAUUUAGAGAAAAAGGAUCUUAUGAUAGAAAAGCCAAUUAUUUUUUUCGAAGAAUGAUACAAUACAUCGAUGAUUUAUUGGGAUUAAGAUUUUAUGGAAAAUAUGAUAGUGGUUUGGGAACAUUGACAGCCCUUGCAGACAAGACAAGAGAAUGUGUUGCUUGGUCUUUAAAACAUAUAAUCGGACGUCGUAUAAUAGAAACUGUGCAAGAUGGAGAUGAUGAAGCCUCUUUAUUACUUAAGUGUCGUUUUCUUGGAGUAUUCGCUAGUACACAAUCUCCAUCAACAUACAUAACAAAAGUUGAUAUUGACUUACCUGCCCGUACCUGCAUCUUCACGGAUAUUAAUGAAGACAUAAAGAGAUACAACACAGCUGAUGUUGUAUUUCUUGAGAAACUAAUACGAGAGGGUCAUCCACAAUCUGCACCUUAUUAAUCUAGCGUUAGUUAAACACUGGCAACUGUAUUCUGUUCAUUGCACAAUAAAUUCAAAUUUAUCUUAUUAUUAUCACUAUUAUACAUUAUAAAAUCUUAAAUUGUAGUAAAAUAUUAACAUUUACUUAAGCUGACGGGAAAAGAACCGUCGAUAGAUUUUUUCAAUAACA